AUGAGAAAAAUCCAGAGAUCAACACAUGAUGAUGAUGAUGAUGAUACUGAUAGAUCUCAUCAAUCCCUAGAUCAUAUUCCUCACGAUCUAAUCGCCGAGAUACUCUCACGACUGCCCACGAAAUCGAUCCUGAGAUCUCGCUCCGUCUCUAAGCUAUGGUCUUCCAUCACCACCACUCCAGAUUUCAUCAACUCGUUCGCAAGUCGGUCCUUGGCAUCAGCACAGCCUUGUGUUCUGCUAAUCUUUAGUAAACUCGACCAGCUGUUCGUUUUCUCGUCUCCGAUACACCAGAAUAAUACUCAUCCUCCUCCUCCUCCUGAUCAAACGGAGAGUUAUCAAUUUACAAUCCCUAAUAAUGGUCUCCUUCAUCGUCAUGGUUCCGUCCACGGUUUGAUUUACUUUGACACCUCUACACAGCUCAUGAUUUGGAACCCUACCUUAAAACGCAUCAUCACUUUCCCUGAGCUCCAAGGCAGUGAAGGCAAAUACAAAACAACGCUUUUGGGAUAUGAUCCUGUUGACCGUAAAUACAAAGCCCUUUGCAUUUUUAGAGGCUACAAGAAUGGUAUUCUUACAUUGGGAGCUCAAGAAUCAUGGAGAAUGCUACCCAAAGAUGAUUUCCCUUUGCAUUACUGCGUUAGCGAAGGUUGUGUGAUAUGCAUUAAUGGAGUUAUUUACUAUACAGUUAUUUUGAAUGUUUAUGAUUCUAAUGAUUUCUCUGAGGAGCAUGGCGUUAUGAGCUUUGAUCUCCAAUCUGAAAAGUUCAGGUUUAUUAAAUAUCCCAUGGAGAACCACAAAAGUUUAUCUUUUGUAUCCUAUGAGAGAAGAUUAGCUUUGAUGAUAGGUUCCAAUGGGCGCUCUAGUACCGAAUUAUGGAUUUUGGAGGAUGCAGAGAAUCACCAAUGGGAAUACAAACAGUUUCCUCCACCACAGCUUCCUUACAUAAUAUGGAUUUUAAGGGGAUUGAGGUUGAAGGGUGUUACUGAUGCUGGUGAGUUUAUUUACGUUUCUACACCAUAUGAUACAAAUGAUAUUAGAAGCCCUAGUCACAUUAAUGAUGAAGAAAGGAGUUCGUAUGAACGCUUCGAUAUUUUGUAUUUUGAUCCCAAGAAAAACAGUUCAAGACAAGUUAAGCUUCGAGGAAUCGGAUUUGACGAUUUUGAGCGACUUGAAUUGUAUGAAUACGAUUUUAUGAAAGACUUAACCGUUGUACCAAGGCACAUUGAGAGUCUCAUGUCGCUGUAA